AUGUCCGAUCUUUCAGCCUUGCUUUAUAGUCUGCGGCAGCUGGAGUCCCAGCUGCAGAGAGUGAUCGGAGAAGUUCGUGCAGAGGUUGGUGUCUUGUCAAAGAAUGCCGAGCUGGCCCCGACUGCUGCGGGUGUCGUCCAGGAUGCGGUGCCAGAAGUGCCUCCGGUCUUGAAGACCUGCAUCAUGUGCAAUGACAUGGCGCGUGAUCCGUCGCAUGUGGGCAUGGCAAGCACUUCAACGCAGCAUGCAGCUUCGCUUCUGAGCCACGCAGAUGAUCGUCCGAAGAUGCAUCUCAACUCUCACUUCAUGGAGCUCUCCCUGACAUCAGGAGGGGCUCUACAUGCGGCCGGGCUCCAGCAGUCAGCGCUUCGCCGGCACACUACGCGAGCCCUUUCCGCCAGGAGUUCAGACGGAAGCAUGUUGGAUUUCGACUCAGCGAACUGCAGAGUCCUGUCGCCGCACUCGCGACCUCGAAUUGCCUGGGAUGCCGUCGGAGCAGGUCUCAUCGUGCUGGAUGCAUUGAUCCUGCCGCUCAGCCUUGCGUGGGAUUUUGACGUGUCUCCAGUCCGACGGGAUGAUCUGUUCCUGCAGCUGUAUGCUAUCAUGCAUUUGGUAUUUUGGCCUUUGGACGUUUUCGCUAACUUCAACACUGGAUUCUACCAGAAAGGAGUUCUGAAUCUGAAUCGAUCCAACAUAGCGAAGAACUACUUGCAGACGUGGGCCUUAUUCGACCUGGCAGUCGUGGCUGUCGACUGGGUGUCCUGGCUAGCAACGACGGCGACUCAAGGCAACACGGAUGUCGGCUAUCUCAGAACGCUGCGGACAGCUCGCUACCUGCGUGCAUUUCGAAGCAUUCGUGUGCUCCGCAUCGUGAAGAAAGGAAGAAUCAACGUAAUGCUGGAGAACUACGUCAUCGCCAUGGGUCGCCAGUGGCUGAUUUUGGCAUUCAAUGUCAUGAAGAUGUUGGCCUGGAUCGGGUUGACAGCUCACCUUUUAGGUUUGCUGCCCGAGGGUGUUGGAAUGCUGUAUGUGGCCACGGGAAAGAGCUGGAUCGACCUCGCCAGUGUCACCGAUUCAUCAGGCCCGGUACAAUACAUCCACGCCUUGGCGUGGAUUGUGCAACCGCCAUCUCCACCAGAGCUCUCUGUGUUGGACCCCAACAGCUUCACGGAAAGACUGGUGUCUAUCUUUCUGGUUGUGGUUACAGUCCUGGUGAUUGGUUCAUCGCUGUCCAUGAUGACGGGAACGCUGCAAGAACUUUGGAGAUACGAACCAUUAACAACGAACGGAGUCGGAAGCGCAGGGAGCUCCGCACAUACCUCCAUGCGCAAACAGCGCCUACUGAGCCUCUGUAGGGAAGGAGCUGUUUCCAACUCGAAGAGCACGUUCGCCAUGGCACGAAGAGGAAGUUUGCUGAUGGCGACCAGCUGCGCUGCGCUGCUCCUUUUGGGGCUGCGAUGGUGUUUUGUGCCGGGUCCAUCACAGCCGAGAACUGCAGAAUUCAAUCCUGCCGUGGCAGCCUCUGCUGCUCUGCCAGCCCUGACACUGCUCGCCGAGGAUGCAGAGGCUAAGUAUGGAGACCAGCGCAAGUUCGCAGCUGUCUUGGUGCCCCUCACCACACUGGUGUUUCCGGCAGUGGCCAUGGGAAUGUUUGUGCUUUACUCCUUCCAGGAGGAUGCCUUCUGGCGCAUUGUGCCAGGCACCAAGCGUGCCAAGGAGUUGGAUGAUGCCUGGAGGGAGCAUCCACUCUUCGCCAACUCAAAGGAUCCCUUGGAUGGCCUCAUCAACCCGGACGAUUACGAGAAGGGCCUGGAAGAAGCUUGGGAACGUGCCAAGCCUGCAGGCAGCACUGUGACAGUUAAAGACAAGCUCAAGCAGCUGUCCAAGCGGAAUAAUCCUCACUGGGAGUCCUGGCUCAUAAUGCGAAUCAUGAGCUUUGCGGACUACAAGUUGGAACGUCACUCUCCCGUCUCCUUUGAUCCAGAUUUGAUUUCGCCAUUACUCAAGGCCGAGUUGGCCAUGUUUCAGAAGGGCCACCUCAUGAACGGCCAUCCGUUAUUUUCGCUGAUUAGAUCAGUUUUUCCGAAAGUGUUUGCCGACAUCUGCUGUAUUCUGGAGAAGCAGCUGUUCUAUGAGGGUGAAUCUGUAUUUGUGGUCGGGCUAUUGGCGAAGGGAAUGUACAUCACCAGCCAUGGAAGCUUCUGUGUUCGCGGCGAAUCCGGCCGAGAAGAGACCGAGCGAUUUACAGGAGAGUAUCAUUUCUUCGCGGAGGCAGCGCUCUUUGCGGAUGCCGUCGUUCACGACUGCUCACUGGACAUUGAGACUUUCGCAGAGGUGUAUUUCGUCUGUGGUAGAAAUAUGGCUUCAAUUCUGAUGAACUCUCCUGUUUGUGCUGCACUAUGUGUCGAAUAUGCACGAGAGUUCGUAUCCGUGUAUUCCACGUCUGCAGUCGAGAAGACGAAAAGUGGACGUUCCUCCAGCAGUUGCGGUUGGAGACGGGAUCUGCAGUGCGCCCACACGGCUAUCCAGACCAACUCCUUCCAUGUCGAACUUCAUCUGGAUGAGCGGAAGAUGCUGAAGUCUAUCAACUUGAGUCCAACUGCCGAGUCUGCAACUGCAAGUGUGUCCUCGUACGGCGGCGUCUCAUCCGUUGCGACGCUGGAUUUGGGCACAAAGCCAAUGACCAUCCGCCAGUUUACUUCUUGGGCAACUUUGGAGCGCGCAGAUCCGGAGUCGUUGAUGAGCAAGCUCCGAGAGGUCUAUGUUGAGCUGGAUCCAAUACAUGGCCUGCAUGCAAUGUAUUCAGAGCCUCUCGAACGGGAAAAGGCAGAAUGCGGCUGCCUUUGCCUCGCAGCUCUGGCCUCAAACAGCUACGAUUACUUCGUGGCACCACAGAAGGUGGAAUCUCGGCUAGAGUCGGGCCAGUGGAACCAACUUCGAGGCAUUCUCAGCUGGGCUGCUCCGACGCAGGAGAUGCUGCAAGCCGCCUUCUUUUUGCUUUCCGUGCGAAGCAUCGGCAAGUACAGGAGUGCAGCCUCUGCACCAGAGAUCAACAUGCGGUACAGGAACGGUCAGAUUCAAAGAUGGCGGUCACUUCAUGCUGUGCCCGGGUUCUUGCUCAUUGACGGUGAGACAUCUGCGAUGUUGGCGUUGCUGCGAAACAGCGUCAACAAGUCCAGGCUUUACAUCUUGGACCACUUCCCGAAUGUGGUCCCUACGGUACACAGCAUCCUGAAUGCACAGCUUUUCACGCUUCCGGUUUCCGAUAGCCACAUUGCAGAGAGGACCAAUGUCCUGCAGCUUCAACAGGAUUUCAUCUUGCCCCAAAUGCUACAGGGCGAGAACGUACCCGCGAACUUGGCCCAGCUGCAGUGCUUCGUCCAGGAUAAGGGCGAAGAAACGCUGAAGUUUUACGUUGUCUUCCUGCUGGGCUUCUUGAGUGCUCUACAAGGUGGCAAAGGGUCGAGCUUCAUGACUGCGGCCAAUGCGAAGAACAUCAUCUUGGGCCUUUCCACAGUUCAGCAGCUUCUCUCCAAGGAUCCGCGACUCCUUUACUGGAUGUACAUCUACCAGAGAGGCUUGCAGCUUCGUCAGCCUGCAAGUUCUUCUGAAGAUCUGGCUCUUCUGCGCCUGGCCUGCCUCUGCCGAGUCAGCGAUGCCCGUUCGUUUGAGGAGUUGUCGAGAUACUGGGCCGAGCUUAGUGCUCAUGACCAAGAUGUCCUGACGCAACACUUUCUGGCAAGCGGUAUCCAGAGCGCGGCCAUUGUUUUCGAGUUUCUUCCACUAUGCCUGGAGCGCGCAAAGAGAAAUCGACAUGUAUCGGUGCCAUGUCUUCUGGAAGGGCUUGUGGUCUUGGUGGAAGCGGUCUUCGCUGUGCGCGCAAACGAGCCAACUGCAGGAGAGAUCAUCACUGUUGACCUGUCCAACCUGGCAGCUUUCAUACUCAUGGUGCAGAAUCGGUUCGUCUUCCAGACCUGUCUUUCUCGGUCCAAGCUGAUCGCGCAGCACACAUCCCAGAAGCACGACCAGGGCAAGCGAGAUGUGUGGUUCCGACUGGACCUGACUGAGGACAACUGGAAUCGAGUAAACGAGAGGCAGCACGACGUGGCCCUGCUUGCCAGCACAGUGCGGGACAUACUGCAUCGACAGCAGAGCACGAAGCAGAAGGCUUUUGAUACCGUUAGUGUAUAG